AUGAGUAAUACUUGGAAACUCAUAAUUUAUGGCAUUGAUGAAGAGUUUAAUCUGAAGACAACCUUGCCUCAAGGUUGGGCUAAAUGGUCAGACUGGGGGUCAUGUUCUGCUUCGUGUGGAGGUGGAAUAUCAAGUCAAAUGAGACGUUGUUUGGAUGUGCGUUGCGCAGGUGUCAACCACCGAGAACGUAUCUGCAACAUGGAACAAUGCAUGAAGGCCCCAGUUCACGCACGUGAAACAUACUGCUCAAAGUUGAACAAUUUAUUGAGUGCUUCUAACAAUUUGCAAAGUGAGCGAUGGAUUCCUAUUGAAAGUACUCGCCAACUUUCCAAACGCUAUCAAAUUCUGAACAAUUUUAAGUGCAUUGCUAUGUGUCGCUCUUUGGAGACUGGUGAAGAGAAAGAAUUGAAGAAACUGCCUGAUGGUACCUCCUGUUUCAUCGAAGGGUACAACAUGUCUGUUUGCAUCAGUGGCAUCUGUAGGCAUGUUGGAUGUGACGGCAUCAUUGGUUCAAAUUCUCGCACCGAUCACUGUGGUAUAUGUGGUGGCACUGGUGAGUCAUGCACGAGAACGAUAUUUCAGUGGAAGGACACAAAGCAAUUUUCACCGUGUGAUGCUACUUGUGGACCAAAUGCUCACCGUGUAUCAGUAUCAGUAUGCCAAAAUAUGCGUAAUAAACGUGUUGUGCCAGAAAGACUUUGCGCUGAUCAACCACGACCUCGUCCAGUUGUCGAGAAGUGUCCUGACAUAGUUUGUCCUUCUAAGUAA